AUGGCCACCACGCGCAGGCCAGCCGACGAGACGCCGCCAGUGCGCGCCAAGCGCCUCAGACGGUCAGCUGCCGCUCGCUGUGACGGGCCACCAGGACCCUGUCACCGCUGCGCCACGUCGGGCAUCGACUGCGUGUUCCCGCCGUCGACCGGGCCAGCACCCUCUCGCGCCUCGCCCGCAACCUCCCUCCCUCCUCCUCUCGCCCGCACGCCCGUCGCCGCACAGCCCGAAGCGAGCGGCUCGACCCCCAUCGCGACCGCUUCCUCCUCGUCCGUCACCUUCGACUCGUCCCAUGCCACCGACAUCUCGCAGCAGCUCGCCCUCGCCAACUCGCGCCUCGAGAUCCUCCAGGCGACGCUCGACUCGGUCCUGUCGCGGCAAGAUGAGGCGAGCCAGCACAGCUCGGACGCCGCGAGCGCGGCCCUGCAGGGCGGCUCGUUCCUGUCGAACGACGCGAGCGCCGCCGCCGACGAGACGAGCGCGAUGAGCGCCCUCAUGCUCGCCGAGGCGAGUGCGGCGAGCGUCCUCGCGUCGGCGAGCAUCGCGAGCGCGGCCAAGCGGCAGCGCGAGGGCGCGUCCAGCGCGCAGGAAUUGCUCAAGCCCGAUUGGAGCAUCGCCAUGCCCGACGUCCUCGAGCGCGGCAUCAUGACGCUCGACGAGUGCGAGGCCGAGUUCGACAUCUUCUUCACCCACAUCCAGCCCUGGGCAGCCCUCCUCUCGGUGGCCCUCGACCGUCAGCCGCUCGCCGUCCGGGCGCGCUCGCCCCUCCUGUUCCACGCCAUCCUCCUCCUCGCCCUGUACUACCGCCCUCGCACCCGCGCCAACCUCGCCCGGUACUGCGCCGUCUCGUCGCUCGUCGACGCCCUCCUGGCGCCCCAGAUCCUGUGCCCGCAAGCCAACGACCUGUCUGGCGGCGACUUUGUUCGCGCCGUCCACCUCCUCCUCAUGUACAAGCCGGUCCAGUACGCUCGCCUCGAGGCGUGUGGCGUCACCGACGCGAGCGCCGUCGAGUCGUCGUCGAAAAUGAACGUCGCAGCCUCCUGGAUGCUGAGGCUGCUCGUCUCUCGCGUGUCGACCUUCAUCGGCCUGCCCUCGAUCGCCGACAGCUUCGCUCAAGCCUUCGCCAACCAGCAGUUCGUCCCGAUCGCCGACACGCUCGUGUCGCAGGAGCGCCUGUACCUCGACUGCGUCUUUCGCGAGCUCACGGGCGCCCUCCAGUCAGGCAAGAGCGCAAACUUCACGCCUCAAGCAGCCUGUCGCACGACCCGCCUCUUUGCGCACCUCGCCCGGCAGCCGUCCGACGUGCGCCUCGCCGCGAGUGUCGAGCUCGUCGCUGCGGCGGCCGAGGCGCUCGCCAUCUCGGGCGUCCCGUCGAGCGACACACUGCGCCAGUUCGACGUCGAGCUCGCCAACUGGACGUCGUACUGGCGUCCGAGGUUGACGCCGGCGACGGCGCCGGACGACGCCGUGCGCUGGUCCGUGUUCGUGCCCUACGCCGGCUUCACCCGCCUCGUCGUGCGCGGCUUCCUCCUGCCGACGUGGCGCGCCAAGCGCGAGGCGGCGAAUCUGGCGGCGAGCGCGAGCGGCGCAGCAGGCGCCGUCACGCUCGGCGACGAGGAGCACGAGCACAUCGCGCACGUCGUCGCGGUCGCCGAGGAGAUGCUCCUCGCCAUGACGGUCGAGGGCAGGAGCCUGAGGGAGGGCGUUCCCGGUGCGAGGGUCGAGUGGGACAGCCUCGUCCAGCAGCUCGUGCCGGACCCGGCCAUGUGCGAGCUGUGCAGGUGGGCGACAGAUUCUUUGACUUGCGUCAUGUUCGCCUACCCGCUCAUCAUGCUCAACCAGCUCGCCGAGGAGGGCCUCGUCUUUGGCGACCUGUCCGUCCUCGCGUCGGGCUCGUCGCCGAGCCAGCCCAAGCCCAUGUCGGCCGACGACAAGCUGAGCCGGCUCCUCGCCCUCGGCGCCGAGCUCCUCGAGGCCGUCGCGCCCAACCCGGUCCACCCGGCGCGCGGCCAGGCGGCGUUCCUGCGCAAGGUCCGCCAAGCGCGCAUCGCGCCGUCGAGCGAGGACCCGACGCCCCAGAUGUCGCCUCGACGUCGCGCAUCGGCAAGUGCAGCCGGCGCAGAACACCCGCACCUCUCGACGGCGACGCACGACUCGCUCGCACCCUCGACCGCCUUCCUCCCUUACGCCUCGACUGCCGCCGUCGACUCGCUCGCCAUGGCGUACCAGCCGACGCCGCUCAACUCUCCGCCCUUUCCCGCCACGACGCCGCUCACGGGCAUGAGCGGCGUGCCGCUCAACCUCGACGCGCUGCCCGGGCUGUUGGCGGGCGACGGGUGGACAGGCGGAGCGGUCGGGGCGGGCGUGUUUGACGACCCGCUGGUCGGGUGGAGCAUGUUGUAGAGGGUCGUUCGGCGUGCAACGAUGGCGCGCUCGACGAC